AUAAGGCAGGCGGGAACCACGAACAAUCUGGGAUACGACUUGUUUCGCUAUAGUCACUUAUACUAUCGAAACGCACUUCCAUCAUGGUAUAACUAUCCUAAACUACUUAUCCGGCUCUCCAAAAUGCAGGACACCUCCCCAAUCAACUGCAAUUGUUGUCAGGUCAAUCAGAAAGCCUUAUAUUGCCCAGCCUGUCUGCGAGAAGGUAUCACUCUACAUAAAGAGCUGUUGCAAAAUCUGCAAGCUCGAUUAUCGACCAUCAGACAGCACUCGCAAAAGCUUCUGACCGGGACCGAAAAUGAGACGAAGGACAAAGCUGACCGUGGGCUUAAUGCUUGGAGGGAGCUCAGGUCUGAUGUUGCAUCCAGUGAGGCAAGAUGUCACCAGAUAAAAAUGACAAUUUCCCAACGUCAGGCCGCUAUCUCUGCAUGCCGAAAGCGGAUUGCUGAGAAUAACAUUCGGGAUCGUCGGGAAUCACUAUCGAUGUUGAAGUCAAGGCCAUCGCCCGUCUCGAGCCUACGGGACUCGAUCAAGCAAGUACACUCUCAACAACAAGUCAUCACCUCUCGAAUCAUCCACGCUAGACGCGUUUUAGUGAGAGAAGCUGUGAAUGUCUUCGGAGUUAGACAACGACCUUCGGGAGAUUGGGAGAUCGCAGGCAUCCCACUUCCAGACCCGGAAACUUUUCGAGUACACCCAUCCUCCAGUAUCAACGCUGCUCUUUCUCAUGUGAUACAUCUUGUAUCUCUCAUUACAACUUACUUAUCCAUUUCUUUACCUUUUGUCCCGAUGCCUCCGCCGCCAUUCUAUCACCCUCACGUGGGGCGGCCACUCAUGAAAGCCAAUCUUCCUUUCGUUUCUACGACAAAAUGGAGAGAGAAACACGUCCUUUGGAUGUCGAGCACAGCCUCGGUAUCAAGCAAAAUUAAGCCUCAAAGUACACCUCCGAUCAGCAAUCUAUUGGCACAGCCUUCCAUAUGCUCAAUCAUAGCAAAAUCGACAAGCAAGCACAAGCAAUUCCUUGUCUCUUUCGCUCUUCUUUCGUUCUCUAUUGCCUACCUUGCAUGGUCUCAGGAUGUUCCCGGUAUAGGGAUUCGAGGUGAGGUAGAUGGCGAUGAUAAUGCUGGCGUCCUGUUCGAUGAAGAGUCCAAAGUUACACAGGGCCAGUCUGUUUCUGCUGAAUCUUCUGUGACGGAGACUGCUCUGAUUUCACCAGCAUCUAUUCUCCGGCUUAUCCAUGCCAUCACACAAUCGCCCACGUUGGGACAUAGAUCCCAUGACCCAGGUGGAGCUCGUACCCUGAAGCAUAUGGGUUUCGGCUUGGAUGUUUCAAAGCUCGUGUCAACCAUACUCAGAGCGGAGGAACUCCAAUGGGACUUGAAAGGGGAUACUGAAGCCGGAGAUGAUAUACUAAGUGAAGGAUGGGACCUAUUGGACUCUGGAGCGCCAUAACAUAUGACGGUGUCCUUGGUACUCUUAGUGUAUCUUAUGCGUCUCAAAUUUCGCGGGAAGGUACACAGUCUAGUACAUUUCAGAGGAUUCAACGUUAUCAAAUCCGUAGCUCCUUCAUCACUUGGUGAACCAGUACAUGGAAGCAUACUGGACGCUUAUUUUCUCAUUUUCAGUCGUGCACUAAGUCAAACAGGGGUUAAUUUGAUAUAACAGCACUCUGAAUUAAAUACUUGCCGAAGAUGGGGGUUGUCCUUGAAAAGUGUUGAUUCGAAAGAUGCUCUUAGCAUACGUUCCCUGACCUUCAACAGAAGCGAGUUUGAGCCAAGGGACGUUGAUAGCAGGGUUGUAUGGGUCAUCAAGAGUUGCCGCUUUGCUUGCCAAAACUCUAUCCGUUUCGGUUAAGAAUUCAGGAGAAAUGCUUCCUACAGAAGUGGAACCGGGCGUAUCACUUUAAGAAGUAAAAUUCAUCAUCUUGACAUUCCCAAGAAGAAGCACGGCCAUGAACUUACACAAAAAGAUGGUGGAUGGCUACAUGGAGAUCAUCUGUGUUGGGGUAGUCGAGAGCAACAAAUGUCAUCUUGGGUAACAUUGAGUUGACAAAGGAAGGGUCGAAAUUGCCAGCAGUUAAUGCAUAAAGGCAAGUCACGUCGAAAAGGCUGAGAACAUAUGAAUGAGGACCGCGUAUAUUUCUAUUAUAUCCGAAACAACCUACUUUGCUAGUGCACCGGUA